GCGUGUGCGCGCGUGCGUGCGUGUGUGCGUGUGCGUGUGCGCGUUUUCCAAUCCUGAAAGUGUGUGAUGGACCAUUUCCUGAAGGAGGAUCUUCUCGUAUCGUAUGAACUCGGUUCGGAGUCAGUUUCUGAGUCAUGGAGUAAACUCGCAUCCACACACAGCUCCUUCAUCUCCGCGUGCGCGCACACACACACGCACACACACUCACACACACUCACACAUACACACACACACACCUGAGUCACACGAGGAGCUGCGUUAUAUUAAGGCAUGAUUCAGAGGAAAGAGCUGGUGCUCUCCGUGCUGGAGGAGCUCCAGGAGGCCACAGAGUCCAUGGGCUUGGACACCUUGAUAAAAGUGGCCCUUGAGGUAGAGCAAGUCCUCGCUCCUUUUCGCCUUCCGACAGCAGUGUGCUCUGAGAUAUCCUCUUGGAUGGGCAUUGAUGCCGUGGCUCACAGGCUUUACCCGGCAGACGCCCCGGCUGGCCUGCUUCCUCUGGUCUGCAGAGGGGAGGGCAACCUGCUGUUUGAUGCCGCGAGCAUGCUUUUGGUUGGCUCCACAAGCCUGAGCUUGGAGCUGCAGGUCAGGACAGUGGUGGAGAUGCUCCUGAGGAAGAAGUAUUACCUGUGUGGCAUGAUCGACUCCAAGGUCAUGUUAAAGGCAUCCAGGUUUUCGCUCUGCGCUGAAGAGUCACAAGACAUGCUCAAGCUACCUAUGCAGGUUCUGGAGGCCAUUUUUGAUGCCGACGUCAAGGCUUCUUGCUUUCCGAGCUCUUUUGCGAACAUGUGGCACGUCUACGCGUUGGCUUCUGUCCUCCAGUGCAACAUCUACUCAAUUUACCCAAUGUUUAACCUCAAGAUCAGGCCCUAUUUUAAUCGACUUAUCCGUCCAAGAACAUGGCCCAGGGACUUUGAGCCAUUGACCCUGCACAUUAUGUGGUCUGGUGAGCUUGAGGCUUGCUCCAUUUUCAAACCACGCAACUUUGUGGCAUUAAUUCAUGCAAUCGAUCUCAAAAUCGGAAGCCCAGGAAGCGAGCAACGGCUGUCAUCGGUAAAGUCCCUGGAUCUGCUGAAUGAGGAUUCACAGCUUUCCUACUCCACCCUGAAAGACAAGUUCAACAUCACAAAGAGCACCUUCUAUCGCUGGAAGAGGCAAAGCAUGGAGUAUCAUAAGAAAUCAGUCGCCAGGUAUGAAGCCAAACACUUUUUCCAGGCCUGUUAUAAAGAAGGCAAGCUUAUACCUCAGAACCAAUUCAGAGAGUUUUUUCCAGAAAUCUCCAGAUCCACGUAUUAUGCCUGGAAACAUGAACUCAUGGUUACUGGAAGUAUCGGUUCUGGAAGCUCCACCGGGGAAGUGAGCCCUGGAGAUAGCAACGAGCAUGACUACUGGUCCUCCCCGGAGACCAUGAAGCAGCCAGUCCAGGAGACCUUCUCCAGCGUAUUGUCACUCAAGUCUGAAAAACUGGAAGGAGAUCGAUUUCAGAACGCAGCCCUGAUGCAAAAAGCAAAGAAAAGCCUCCAGAACUGCAUUGCAACCAACACUUCGUUUCCAUACCGCAUUUUCAAACGAAGGUUCCCAGGAAUCUCCAGAUCAACAUACUACAAUUGGAGGAGGGAAGCCUUGCUGUUCACACCAUUCAAAGAUCUGUCAGGAAACGGGGAAGAAUGCUCGGAUCUGGAUAAAAUCCAGAACCCCAAGCACAAGCUGUCGCCGCCGGGUUUGCUAGCGACUCAAAGAGUAAUCCAGAGAGUCCGGCUCCCGAGGUGCAGUCAGAAGAGUCUCCGUCUGAUCUAUCUGCAAAAGAAGAAACUCCGAGAGGAAGCUAAAGCAUGUGUUCAGAAGUCUAAGUUAUCGCUGUACAAAUUCAAGCUGAAGUUUCCCUCGAUAUCAUCGUAUUACUACUGGCUCUGGAGGUAUAAGAAAGCAGAGAAAGUGUCUGAUCUGAGUUUUGAGGUUGAGAAACCGGAAGGUGUUGACGUCACAGCAGAGAUCCCGAAGCAAGAAGAAAACAAGGAACGCUUUAUUUUCGAUGGAAAUGCCGAGUACCUCAACAACCAGCUGAUCGGCACCAGCCCUGAAUACUCCAAAUCAUACUAUCCUCUGUCUGACAAGACCAACAAUAACGAGCAGAUGUUCGUGAUGGAUGUCGUGGCGUUGGCGAACUUCAAGGCCAAGGCCAAACUGUUCCUCCAGCAGCGCUUUGAGGAGAAAUCUUUCCCUACGUUUAAAGAGUUCAGGUCUUACUUUCCUCUCACUCCACGUUCCACUUAUUACAUGUGGAAGAGGGCUUUGCAUCACGGUGUGCCGUUGGUUCACGGAUAAACGUCUUGGGUUAUCUUUUUUUUUUUUAAUACACGUUUCUCAUGGCCAUGAGUCUGUCAUCCAGGUGGUUUCUGUUCCACCGUGGUGUAAUUGCAGUUCAUGCAUCUUAAUUGUGUUCCUUUUUGUUCCCCCACUUGACUUGACCACUUGGUUUGCAGCUCAAGGACAUUUGCAUGUGUGUGAAAUCAGACAGUCUGUUUUACACGCCACUCAGCUCCUGAUGGCCCUCGGGCAAAAGGCAGUUCAAAGCCACAGAUAUCAGGAUUUCAAAUGACUCUUUUGUUUGGGUUUUGGCCUUUGCUUUAAAUUUUAAAUCGUCUGCCAUCAUUAACUGCAGUUCACGUCUCAGUUUACUUUUUUUUUUUUUUGGAUUGCCUUUUUUUUUUUUUAACAGAAUAACGUAUAUCCUUCGUUAUUUGAUCUAAUCCCUUCUCAAGAACAAAGCUAUUACAUGUAUAUUUAGGUUUUUUUUUUUUUUUUUUAUAAAUACUGUUGUUGUUUUUUUUUUUUAACACAUAUAUAUUUUUGUAUUGGGAUUAGUUUCACUUCGGAUACAAGGUAUGAACCUACCUAAGUGUGGGGUUGAUGAAUUGUGUGGUUUCUUUUUGUUGUUUUUUUUUUUUGCACAUUGAUCACUGUUCACUUUUGUCAAAGAAAAUUUCUACUUUUCCUGCUGCUGCCGUUAUGUUUUCGGACAAAAAUAUUUUCUUAUACACUUAAACAGGACAUGAGAUGAUCUGUAAAGCUUUUUUGUUCUUUGUACUACCUAUUUGGUGUGAUCUUUUGAUUUGUGGAGCUCAGGAAGUUGUUGUAAAAGGGCUUAGUGUUGCGCUCGUGAUGUUUAUUUAAAAGUCUAAUGUGCAGAUGAGGAUUUUUUGUUGUUGUUGUCUUUAAAUUCGGUUUCAAUUCCUGUUUAAAUUGAGCUCAGUGAGUGUGAUGGAUUCUAAUACAGGAAAUAAAUCAUGUCCUUAACCCA